AGGACCCUGAUGGCAUGUUGAAGGGGACAAAGGUUUGCUGGUCCAGCUUGACCCAGGCCCCAACCUCCCCCGGGCUCUGCGCCUGCUCAGGCAGAGGCCCCUCCCCGCUGCCCAGCCGGCCCCGCCUACCGCGCAGCCAGCCGCGCCCUCAGUCCACCUUAAGCGGCAGCCCCGGUGGGUGGGGUUUCCUGCGGGAGGUGGGCCUGUCCACAGCCCUAUCCCGGGCAGGGGCGGCUCCAGGGGACUCCCCCCGGUCGGGUCCUGGGGAAGCGGAGGCGCUUGCUUGCCCCGGGUUUCACACAGACUCCCAGGCCUGCAGCUUGGGCCGGGACGCGGAGGGGCCAACAUCCUGUCCUCCGAGGGGCCCCAGGGCCGUGAGGUGCCCAUGGCUGACGCGAGCUGUGUCCCCGGCCGUCCCUGUCUACAAUGGCAUCAUCUUCCUCUUCGUCCUGGCCAACUUCAGCAUGGCCACCUUCAUGGACCCUGGCGUCUUCCCCCGAGCGGAUGAGGACGAGGACAAGGAGGAUGACUUCCGGGCGCCGCUGUACAAGAAUGUGGAUGUGCGGGGCAUCCAGGUCCGCAUGAAGUGGUGCGCCACCUGCCACUUCUACCGCCCUCCGCGCUGCUCCCACUGCAGUGUCUGCGACAGCUGCGUCGAGGACUUUGACCACCACUGUCCAUGGGUCAACAACUGCAUCGGGCGGCGCAACUACCGUUACUUCUUCCUGUUCCUGCUGUCGCUCAGCGCGCACAUGGUGGGCGUCGUCGCCUUCGGCCUGGUCUAUGUGCUGAACCACGCCGAGGGGCUGGGAGCCACCCACACCACCGUCACAAUGGCUGUCAUGGGUGUGGCCGGCCUCUUCUUCAUCCCUGUCAUCGGCCUUACUGGCUUCCACGUGGUGCUGGUCACGCGAGGGCGCACCACCAACGAGCAGGUGACAGGGAAAUUCCGUGGGGGAGUGAACCCCUUCACCCGCGGCUGCUAUGGGAACGUCGAACACGUGCUGUGCAGCCCUCUGGCACCCCGGUAUGUGGUGGAGCCGCCCCAGCUGCCGCUUGCAGCUCGCCUGAAACCGCCCUUCCUUCGGCCAGAGCUCCUGGGGCGAGCCGCACCCUUGAAGGUCAAGCUUAGUGACAACGGGCUAAAGGCUGGCCUGGGCCGCAGUAAGUCCAAGGGCAGCCUGGACCACCUGGACGAGAAGCCGCUGGACCUGGGGCCCCCGCUGCCCUCCAAGGUGGAGGUGGGCACGUUUGGCAGCAACCUGCAGACCCCACGCCCAGGCAGUGCUGAGAGUGCCCUGAAGGUGCAGAGGACCAGCCCCCCAACACCCGCCAUGUACAAAUUCCGGCCUGCCUUCCCCAUGGGUCCUAAGGCGCCCUUCUGUGGGCCCAGCGAGCAGGUCCCAGGCCCUGACUCCCUGACACUUGGGGAAGACAGCGUCCACGGCCUGGACUUCACCUCGGAGCCCCACCUGGACCUGUCCGACUACCCACCCGGCGGCCUGCACACGGCCUACCCGCCAUCCCCCCAGCUCAGCAUGGCCGACACCUUCUCGGGCGCCUUGCGCUCCCUGAGCCUCAAGGCGGCGGGCCGGCGGGGCAGGGACCACGUGGCCCUGCAGCCCCUGCGCUCUGAGGGUGGGCCCCCCACGCCCCACCAUGGCAUCUUUGCCCCCCACGCACUGCCCAACCGCAACGGCAGCCUGUCCUAUGACAGUCUGCUUAACCCCGGCUCACCCGGGGGCCACGCAUGUCCAGCCCACCCGCCGGCUGGCAUGGCCAGCUACCGCUCACCCUACCUGCACCCAGGGUCUGUGGGUGACCCGCCACGGCCCCCGCCCCGCAGCUUCAGCCCCGUGCUGGGGUCCCGGCCGCGGGAGCCCUCACCUGUGCGCUACGACAACCUGUCCAGGACCAUCAUGGCGUCCAUCCAGGAGCGCAAGGACCGGGAAGAGCGCGAGCGGCUGCUUCGCUCGCAGGCGGACUCGCUCUUCGGCGACUCCGGUGUCUACGACACCCCGAGCUCCUAUAGCCUGCAGCAGGCCAGCGUGCUGGCCGAGGGUCCCCGCGGCCCCCUGCUGCGCUGUGGCUCCAGAGACGACCUGGUGACUGGGCCUGGCUUUGGCGGCGCGCGAAACCCUGCCCUGCAGACAUCGCUGUCCUCGCUGUCCAGCGCCGUGAGCCGGGCGCCGCGGACCUCAUCCUCGUCCCUGCAGGCCGACCUUUCCAACAGCAACGCCCCGGCGCCCCGGCCCAGCAGUGGCUCGCACAGGUCGCCCGCCCACCAGGGCCUGCCCUCCCCACCUGGCACUCCCUGUUCGCCCUCCUACCCGGGCCCCAAAGCCGUCGCCUUCGUCCACACAGACCUCCCCGAGUCGCCACCCUCGCUGGCUGUGCAGAGCCUAUGCAGACCCAGGGCUUCUUCCUCUGGAGAUGGUGGCACUGACCCUGUGCAGGAGAAUGAGUCUGGCGGACACAACCCUGCAGCAAACAUACCUUGGGUGCCAGGGCCCUGGUCCAGGUUGGGGCGCACAGGCCCAGGCAGCACACGUUUCCCUGCUCAGAGGGACCGCCCUCAGCUGAAGACCCCCCCACGUAAGCUUAACGGGCAGUCCCCAGGCCUGGGCCCCCUGGGGCCCUCCGCCAGCCCCGCCCGGCACACGCUGGUUAAGAAGGUGUCCGGCGUGGGCGGAACCACGUACGAGAUCUCAGUGUGAGAACUGGCUGCCACCCAUCCACCGAGGCACCACAGGGACCAGGACACCCCCGGCUGCCCCCACUCCCGCCUUCUGUGCCUGGGAGAGGCGGCGGCCCAGGCCUGGUGUGGACAUAUCAGCAGGAGAGAAGCACGCCUCCACGGGCCCGUCCCUUGUCUUCCACCCGCCCGUCCACCCACCCGUCUGCUCUCCGGGGUGCAGCUGGGCUGAGGGCUGCGGGGCUGCAGGCUCUGUGUCAGAGCCCCUGCUCCCAUGGGUGGGGCGGCGACGGCUGGUGCGCCUGCACAUGGCUCCUGUGCUGCCCACGGUUGUCACAGGCCAGUCCCCUCCCCUUCAGACGGGUCACUGUGGCUGAGACGGGACAGAGACCUAGGCCCUGGGCAUAGGAUGCAGGGCCCCCCCACCCAGCUGCUCCGAACCCGUUGCCUUUCAGGGACCCUCCCGAAGCUUGUAGCUUGGCAAGUCUGACUCCUCUGCAGGGAGUCCAGCCCCGACCCACAGGCACCCAGCUCUGGGGUUGCUGGGUUCUGACAGACAGGUGGACGGAUGGACAGCCAGCUGUGGGUGGGGUCCCAGCUCCGUGUGUCCCCGUGUCUGUGCACUGAGCUGCCACCGUGUCCAUGUGUUAAUGCUCGGGUUCCCGCCGCCCCACUGCUGGGAGACUCGCUUUCAUUGAAGCCUUAACCUCUGCUUUAUGCCCUUGUGGGAGGCGUUGGGAGCAGGCGGGAGCAGGCACGGCUGCUGCUGCCGCGGGGGGACCCAUGAGGCCAGGGGUCCCCUCCCGGCCAAGCUGCGGAUUCCCACCCCACGGCACACGAAGCCCAGGCUGCGGGCGCCUCGGCACUGGGGAGGGCUGCAGGUGCGCGUGGGCCAGGGACCCGAGUAAGCACAUGCCAGUGUCUGCUUGCAUUGUGUGUUUUAUGUUUUUAUAUCUACAUCUAUAUAUCUAUAAUUUUAUUAAAAAAAGAAAAAGUCA